UGCCUUCGAUUUUACUCUUUUAAGAAGCACGCCACACAAUGCAAAACCUCCUCUAAGCCCUUUCUCCAUUAUUCCUCUUCGGAGCAAUGUCGCAAGCCGUGCACCUCGUCGGCAAGACCCUCCCUGGUUCUGGAUUGCCAGAAGGGAAAUGUCUACUUUGUCCAGGAGUUUCAGGAAGAGCAGCAACCUUGAAUGCUUGCUCUUCUCGUUUUCAGUAUAGAUUCCGUUCACAGGCCAAUAUUGGACCUCUGAGGUGUGCUUCUGCGGGAUCAUCUUAUGUGUGCAAAGCAAGUUCUAAUAAUGGUUAUAGGAGAAAUCCAGACUUUUCAAGGCAAAACAGGCACGGGUUCUCUCGAGGCAGGAAUAGGCAAAAUGAAGAGAGGGACAGCUUUGAAAACCUUGAGGAUUCUGAUAUCUUGUCCUCUAAGAACGGGCCAUAUUUGUCCCUCUCGAAUUCUCCCAAAUUCCAGGCUACUGCAGCUCCUGGACCAAGAGAGAAGGAGAUUGUCGAGCUAUUUAGAAAGGUCCAGGCUCAGCUUCGGGAGAGAGCUGCUGCGAAAGAGGAAAAGAAAACCGAAUCCAUGCAAGGGCAAGGGAAAGACAACGAAACUGUGGAUUCGCUCCUCAAGCUAUUGCGAAAGCACUCGACUGAGCAAGCAAAGAGAAGUAGUGGCAGUGGCAAUAGCAAGGAGUUUGUGUUUGAUCAGCAAGUACAUAAUGGUCAGUACAACAGACGAAAAAGUGGGCGUCCGUUUGAUUCAAAUAGCAGUGUGAAGGACGAUGCCCCAGAUUCUGUUUCCUCUUUUACUAGGCCUGUAUCGAACUUUCAACGUAAAUCUCCUGUCCCUCGGUUGAAAUUCCAGCCCGUUUAUACUGAGGAGGACACUGUCAAUUCAGUGCCAGAUGUAAUUUCAAGUGGGAAGCGAAAGCAGAAUCAGGUUGAGGCAGUUCCUAAAUCUGACUUGGAGCUGGAGUUUGAGCCGGAGCUGGAGUUUGAGCCAGAGACAGAGGACCAUGAAGAGUUGGAGUCUGAGCUUGAAGUCGAACCCGAGCCAGAGCUUGUUCAGUUGUUAGAGGGCGAGUUAUCCAGCACGGAAGAAGCUCAUAUUGACGACGACGACGACGAGAGUGAGGAUGAACAGCAACUGACUGAACAUGAGGAUCUGAGUGCAUGGAAGCUACCCGAACUGAGGGCACUAGCCAAGUCUCGCGGGGUGAAAGGGUAUUCAAAGGUGAAGAAGAGUGAUCUUGUGUAUUUGCUAAGUGGUAACUAGGUUGAUCCAUGAGGCAUAUCCUAAGUAAACACAACAUGCUUCUCUACUUACUGAGAUGGAUGUGAGAUUAGCUCUUUUUUCUUGUCUUAUUUCAUUUCUGUUGUUCGCUUUAUGGUUCAUUUCUCCAAAUACUUUUCAGAACUUGAUUAGUUGUGAAUCCUUAGAGUGAGUAUACCGAGCUAGUCGAUUUCUCGGAUCUUUUGGGUUGUUGUUUUGGGUCUCUGUAGUUGUUUCUGUUCCUCUAUAAAUUUUAUUUUCAUGCUUC